AAAUGAGCUCGGCACUGUCGUCUCCUUACUAAUUAGAGAGUCAGUCUCUCUUUUAGUUGCUUCAUCUGUUUCUCUCUAUCUUUCCUUCCCUCUUUCGAGGGUUUUUUUUUCUCUUUUUCCCCCUUUUUUUCCUUUUCUUUUUCUUUUUUUUCUUUUUUUUUCUUAAAAUUUAUUUUCCUUUUUUUCUUUUCGUUUCUUUUCAUUUCCCCCCUUCUUCCAGCCCUAACCCUAGAUUCUCAAUCACCACUCACAAACUGAAAAUCAGCUUGGUAGAUGAUGCAGCAUCACAGGCUUAAGCAACAAGCCAUGAUGCCGUACCCUCAUCCUGCUCUCGUAGCAGCUCCUCAGAUAGAACCUAUCUUGAGUGGAAAUCUGCCUCCUGGUUUUGAUUCAACUACAUGCCGAAGUGUAUACGUAGGAAAUAUCCACCCUCAGGUUACAGAACCCCUUCUUCAAGAGGUUUUCUCAAACACUGGACUCAUUGAAGGAUGUAAACUGAUUAGGAAAGAGAAGUCAUCCUAUGGUUUUGUUGAUUACUUUGAUCGCAGAUCAGCUGCUCUUUCCAUUGUGACCCUUAAUGGAAGACAUCUGUUUGGACAACCUAUUAAAGUGAAUUGGGCCUAUGCUAGUAGUCAAAGAGAAGAUACAUCAGGCCAUUUCAAUAUUUUUGUUGGUGAUCUUAGCCCAGAAGUUACAGAUGCUACAUUGUAUGCAAGUUUCGCUUUGUUUCCUAGUUGUUCAGAUGCAAGGGUUAUGUGGGACCAGAAGACUGGGCGCUCAAGGGGUUUUGGGUUUGUUUCUUUCAGGAAUCAGCAGGAUGCUCAGAAUGCAAUAAAUGAAUUAAAUGGGAAAUGGAUUGGAAGCCGACAAAUUCGGUGUAACUGGGCUGCAAAAGGUACUACAUCAAAUGAUGACAAGCAGAGUUCUGAUGCCAAAAGUGUGGUAGAGCUAACAAAUGGAACAUCAGAAGACAGCCAAGAAAAGAAUGAUGAUGCGCCAGAAAACAAUCCUCAGUAUACCACUGUAUAUGUUGGCAAUCUUGCUCCUGAGGUUACUUCUGUGGAUCUCCAUCGGCAUUUCUAUGGACUUGGUGCUGGGACUAUAGAGGAUGUGCGGGUGCAACGCGAUAAAGGUUUUGGUUUCGUAAGAUAUAGCACGCAUGCUGAAGCUGCCCUUGCUAUUCAGAUGGGAAAUGCUCGUAUUCUAUAUGGCAAACCAGUAAAGUGUUCAUGGGGUAGCAAACCCACUCCACCAGGAACAAGCUCUACCCCCCUUCCCCCGCCAGCUGCUGUGCGGAUGCCGGGUUUUUCAGCUGCUGAGCUUGCAACCUAUGAACGGCAGAUGGCUUUGAGUAAAAUGGCGGGUGCACAAGCUCUAAUGCACCCACAAAGUCAGCUAGCUCUGAAGCAGGCAGUCAUGGGAAUGGGUGCAGUCGGCACUAGUCAGGCAAUAUACGAUGGUGGGUUCCAAAAUGUUGCAACGACCCAGCAGCUUAUGUACUACCAUUAGUAUACUGUUAGUAGAACUACCCCAUGGGAGGAAUAAACACUUGGAAAACUGUAGGAUAAUGUUUAUUAUGUGACAUGCCUGCUGUGUAUUGAUAACAUGUGUUUCUUUUGGUAAUGAAUCAUAUGAUUAUACAA